AUAAUUAUGGUUGUGUUGGUGCCUUGUAAGAGAAUGUACACAUCGAAUCAUCAGAUGUUUCUACUUAAACAAAGUAUUAUAAAUUAAUUUCCAAUAGAAAAAUCCGUUAAAUUAGAAUUAUAUUCGCCAUCAAACCACUACCUGUCAGCAGAGAUGGUUGUUGGAAGUCAUUUAAAGAGAAUUCUUAAUUUAGCGUUCUCACCUCGUUAUCUGAUGUUCACAAAUACGACUAUUGGUACUGGUGCUUUAGUUGGAGCUGAUCUUAUACAACAACUUGCUACCCAUUAUGUUUAUCCUAAACAAGAUGAUUUUUUAAAAAAAGAUGACUGUGAUUCUUAUAAACACGAUACUAGGAGGUCGAUUGGUAUGGCAGCUGGAGGCUUAUACUUUGGUUUUGCUGGCCAUUACUGGUACGAAUUCUUAGAUAAAAAGUUCCCUGGUAGAUCAAUAGCCAUUGUAUCAAAAAAGUUGAUGUGUGAAGCCAUUAUCGGACCUCCAUUUGUCACUGUUUGUUAUUUCAUCGUUGCUAAAACCGAAGGUAAAACGACGCAGGAAUGGUACAAGUCUUUUAAAGAAACAAUCCUCUAUAUUAUAUUUUCGGAAUGGUUUGGUUUUUUACCUCUACAAGCAUUCAAUUUCUACUUGCUGCCACCUAAAUAUCGUUAUCUUUGUGUUGCUGGUUUGACGUUUUUCUAUGAUAAUUUUCUAUCUUUCAUUUUCCAUAAAUGACUACCGUCAGGUCAUUACAAGAUGAAUGAUGAAUCCAUGAUUGCUCUAUCAUUGGAUCCAUAUUACGAGCAACAAAAAUCCAAAGAAAAAGCAAUUGGUUAUGAUAAUCGAGGUGGCUUGUUACCACAAUUAUCAAUUCGUCCUAAAUGAUCACGAAGAGGCAUUUAAAAUUAUAAAAAUUAAAUGGAGUUAGUUGGCUAUUAAAAAGUUAUCCAUUGACCUAAAAAUUAUAACACUUUGAUUAUGUGUCCAACACGCAAGUAAUCAGGGUUAAAUAUUGAUCAAUAACUUAUUAAUACUGUAUUAAUUAUGCAUUCACUCAGAAGUUGUUUAAAUAUUACAAUCAAAUAAAGCGCGUGUCAAGUUGUAA